GGGGGAUAAUUUCCCAUGAUUCAGAGCUGCGGGUCUUUCAAACAUGGAGGAAGGAGAGAGAAAAAGGGGACUAGAACAGAAUCCUGCGCGAGAAACGGGUUCGAGCAGCAAUGUUGCGGAAAGGGGGCACGACAGGAGUGUCGAACAAGACGAGAUUGACUCCCAGCUGGACGUCAGCUCCGAUAAUUUUGAUCCUUUGGUUGCGCUCUACUCCCCGCAGGUUCCACUGCCUUUCCCCGACAUCAAGUGCUUCAACAACAUCGCCGAGUAUGAAAGUUUCCUGAAAGGAGGCCGCGGUCGGGCCAAGCCGGAGAACGUGGAGAAACGGCUCCGGAAGGCGAGGAAAGGCGUCCCGGACCCAGAGAGGAUAGAGCGGCUGAAAAAGCUGAUGGUAAACGCGGAACCGGAGGAAGGAGAGAGCGGCGGUCGCAAGAGGCCUCCCCGAAAACAGAAGGCACCAAAAAAUAUUCUGACAAGGAUGCCCCUGCAUGCAGGUAGUCCACUGGGAGAACUGCAUCGCUGUGUCCAGGAGAGGAUCCGGGUCAAAGUUCACAUCCGCACCUUCAAGGGGCUGCGCGGGGUGUGCUCCGGCUUUGUGGUGGCUUUCGACAAGUUCUGGAACAUGGCGAUGGUGGACGUGGAACGUUCACAGGAAGCCAUCCUGGAGACGUUGAAGCUGCAGGAGAGAGGGAACACCAACGAGGCGGCGUCUCUGGAACCCGAGCCCCCCCGCUCAGACGCUGCAGGGGACGGUUCCGCCCCACCGCUGCGCCGCUCGCCCAGGAAGGGUGUGGGGGGGUACCCCAGAGGGUCCCGGGCUGAUCGGGGUGGGCCAGGGCGGGACAGAGAGGUCCAGGAAGCGGGUGCUAAGGGCCCUAACUCCGGAGCGGAGAACCGGUCCAGUAAAAACGAGCCCGGGCCCAGGGUGGACUAUCAGAGGGUGCACACGCGACACAUAAACCAGCUCUUCAUCCGCGGAGAGAACAUCCUGAUUAUUAACCUGCAGCAGUGA